GUGCGGGGAGCUGGAAUCCUGUCAAAGGCUCAGAAAGGAAACCAAAGCGAAAUCGAGGAGCGGCCUUUGCAAUUUCAUCCUUUUGUGCCCGAUUGUUUGAUGUGGGGGGAUUUGUGAUCUCACUUGACAUAUCUUGAUAUAUGUACCCGUAUGCGUUUGCUGCUGAAUGCCUUUGGUAUCCUGUGGUUCUAGGCUUUAGUAUAGCAUGUUGAACUUUCACUGGUUGCCAUAGCCACAGUGCCAAUGACACUCCCGCCAUGGGAGAUGUGUCCGAUUUCGACUUGUCUCGGCUGGACCUGCCGCAGGCCAUCAUCGAAGCGUACAGAACGCGGGGGAUUCGAUCUUUCUACAGCUGGCAAGCUGAGUGCUUAAAGUCUCCAGGAGUUCAAGAGGGGCGGAGCUUAGUCUACUGUGCACCUACCAGCGGUGGGAAGACAUUGGUGAGUGAAGUCUUGAUGUUGCAACGGCUGUUUCGCUUGCGGAAGCGAGCAAUCUUCGUUUUGCCUUAUGUAAGUGUGGUCACUGAAAAGGCGUCGUUUUUGCAGAGCCUUUGCAAAUCGACAGGUGUUUUGGUUCAGGCAUUCUUCGGUGGCAGUUCCUCGAGCAUCAAGGAUCCCUUCGACAUCGCAGUUUGCACUCUGGAAAAAGCCAAUGCAUUGAUCAAUCAUUUGGUUGAAGAAGGCCAGCUAUGCAAAAUGCUUGGGACAUUGGUUGUGGAUGAACUUCACUUGGUGGGAGAUGCAUCCAGAGGAUACCUGUUGGAGAUUUUCCUCAGCAAGGUCUUGUUCUUGGCGCCGGAAAUUCAGGUCUUGGGUUUGAGUGCAACUCUGCCAAAUGUGGAGGACAUUGCAACAUGGUUGAAUGCUGCCUUAUAUCGGACAGUGUAUCGACCAGUUCCGCUCCAAGAAUACAUUUUGUGCGGACACGACCUUUUGAACCCAGAUGGCUCUCAGGUUCGACAACUGUCUUUUGAUGGUUUGAAUGACAAGGACGAGCUGGUCGCAGCUACAUGGGAGGUGACCAGAGAGCAUCACAGUGUGCUGAUCUUUUGCUCGUCCAGAGUGAAAUGUGAACGAGCAGCUGAACUCCUAGCAGUGAAGCUGCCUCAACAGGCUCGACCGCAAAGAGAGCUCCUGGUGAAGCAGAUGCAGCAGCAAAUAGGUGGCGCAGAUCCAACUCUGGAAAAAACCAUUCCAGCGGGAGUCGCGUUCCACCACAGUGGUUUGACGACAGAGGAGAGGAACCUCGUUGAGCGGGGGUACAGGGAUGGCCACAUCAAUGUGAUUUGUGCGACCUCUACACUUGCAGCUGGUGUAAAUCUUCCCGCUCGCAGGGUUGUUUUUCAGACACCCUUCAUGGGAAAUCAGCUACUGGAUGCAACACAGUAUAAACAGAUGGCUGGACGUGCGGGGCGAGCAGGACAAGGGAGUGUCGGAGAGUCAAUCAUAAUAGCACCAGCAGCCACCAGAAAGCAGGUCAUGGAAUUGGUGCAGCAGCAGCUUCCGCGGGUUGCAAGUUGCUUGCGAAACGAAGCUAGAGGAUUGAAGCGCUUGUUGCUUGAAGUCCUUUGCAUUGUACCACAGCUAGGCGCCGGAGAGGAUUUGAUUCGCUUCUGUUCAAGCACUCUCCUGAUGACACAGAAAGCGCCGGCAGAUGAGUCAUUGGAUCCGGCGCAGCGCUAUCCAGAAAUUGCUGAUGCCGUGAAGUGGCUUCUUGCACAUGACAUGGCUCGCCUGGACGAGCGAUCGAACGCUUACCGGGCCACUCCCUUGGGUCAUGCCGUUUGCUCUUCGGGCCUUGAACCUCAACAAGGGCAUCUUCUGUUUCAAGAGUUGCAGCAAGCUCGUAGCUGCAUCUCUUUGGACACCGAUUUGCACGUUUGUUACUUGGUGACGCCAGACAGCCUGACAGCUGUCGAUUGGAACAUCUUCAAGAAAGUCUUGUGCCACCUGUCCUCUGCUGAACGAAGGGUUGCCCAAAGGAUCAAGCUACGGCUUGACCUGGUCGACCAGGCGCAGUUCCAAGGGCGCUUGCCAAAUAGCACCCUGCAGUCUGUGGAUGGGCAGCGAGUCAUGAGGUUCUACAGUGCACUUGUGUUGUGGGCAUUGCUCCAUGAGACCCCUGCACCGCUGCUGUUGAAGCGCUUUGCUUUGAGUAAAGGGCAGCUGCAGCAGCUCCAGCAGUCUGCAGCAUCGUAUACACAUACUGUGGGCGUCUUUUGCAACAAACUGCAAUGGUACACCUUGGAAGCCUUGGUCCUCUCCUUCGAGAAACGCUUGGCCUUGGGCGUGCGUCUGGAGUUGGUGCCCUUGAUGCAGAUACCAGGCAUGGACUGUUCAGUGGCCCGAGCUCUUUACGAGCAGGGCUUUACCACACCUGUGGCUGUGGCGGCGGCAUCGCGGGCAGAAUUGCUACGCACCUUACGGAAGACGUUGCCACAUCAUGUGCCAUCUGCUGCACUUCCUGAAGAAAAUGCGGAUCGAUUGAUUGAGGCAGCUGCAGGCUUAGCAAGAUCUCAAAUCAAAGAAAAGCGAAAGCGUGCCGCAGCCGAGGGUGAAGAUCAAGGACUAAUCGCAGGUGCACCACCGAAGCGUCGCAGCACAGCUAGCAAAGCAGCACCACGACGAGCCAGACCUGCACAGCAGUCUUGGCAACCGCAGACAAGGCGAGCAGACCAGGUUCCGACGCCGCAAAAUCCACUGCCGCAGCUUCCACCGUGCCAGCUGCUUCCAGUGCCGCAGUCGCAGCGGGUGCAGACUGUGGCAUUCCAAGCUGCACAAAGCGUGCAGCCGUUUCAAACGACAUCGGAGCGAGAAGAUCCUUCGACAUCCAGAGGAUGUGAGGAUGAUGCAGCCGAAGGGAGUGAAGCAGGGGACGAUGCUGGGAACUUCCACCCAUUGAGUCGAUGCGCUACCCCCUGCCGCGGCGUGCCGGGCGGUGUGCCGGGCGGUGUGCCGGGCGUGCCCGCAGCGCAGGACACGUCCCCACUCUCUUCAGAGCGCUUGGGCGAAGGCUUAAGGCGGAUGGGGCGCAACAGCUUGAGCCCACGAGAUUUAGAAGCUGUUGGAUCUCCAGGUGCCAGGUCUUCAGGAGUGGCUUCCGGAGGAGUCUCCCCUGGUCCCUCUGCAGACUCUCAGUCUGCUUUGGUGCUGGCCCGUGGAGAACCAUACCCUUGUGUACAGAGUGAGGCAAACUUCCUGGCAUCUGCGCUGGCAACCCCAGGUGCACGGUUCCGACUUCCCCCGCUUCAAGUUCUUUCAUUGCAUCAAUCUCCACUGCAAACCUUGGGCAUGCGCUUGUCAACUGUCGACUGGAUUGGAGCAUCUAUUGUUCCUGGUCAGAAUGGCGAGGAGGCACUUUGCUUGUUGCUGGGCCCCUGCGAGGCAUACAGCUUUGUUUUGCCUGCUCCCAGCUCUGAACGAAGUGCUGCUCCUGCUGAGCCGGCGGUAGAUGGAUUGAUUUGGAGCUGGUUUCGGGAUGAGCAAAACCUGUGUCUCACGACCAACGCCAAAGACCUGGUGGGUGCCUUCCUAAAGCGAGGAAUUGAUGUUCAGUGCUCUCUCGCCGAGCCGCGGAUAGCUCACUGGUUACUGGAUCCGGAUGACAAGGAGAACAUGAGUAUAGCAAAUUUGGCAUCACUUUGUCAGAUUACCUUGGAGGGUAACACUCUCCUGGCAGGUUCUGGGAACUCCUCUGUCUCCUCUCUAAGCUUGAGUCCGGUCUUAAGGGCCAGACUGGCAACAGCUUGGCCUGAGGCUUUUGUGGCUUUGCCUUUGUUGGCGGAGCUCUUGCGCAGGCUGGGUCGACAACAGCUUUUAGGAAGCUUUUGGUGGAUCGAAAUGCCCACUGCCACGGUUUUGGCGUGGAUGGAACACUUUGGCAUUGGAUGCGAAACCAGUGACCCCAACCACACACGCAGCCACGCAUUGUACAAGAUGGCAGCAAUCCAGGAGCAUGUGAAAAGGGUGGUUGGACGGCAGGUGUUGCUAAGCUCCAGUGAAGAUGUUGGCCGAGCUCUCUUCGAAGAUUUGCACCUCCCCUUGCCCAAAGGUGCACAGAUGCGUCGGAAGGCUAGCGGGCGGCUCUGUUACAAAUCUCCACAAGAGCUGCUGAAGCGGUUGCUUCCAAAUCCUGUUGUCAGCUUGAUCAUGGAAUACAGGCAAUUGGUCCACGCCGUGAAGCGAAUCGAGUCCAUUCUACGGUCGGCUGAAGCCCCACGUAUGGAGCCUCUUUGCCCACUGUGUAGCGGGGCACAGGGCUCAACUGGUCCAGUAUUUACUCGACCACGUAUACGGACAGAGUUUGUCCAGACAGGCACAGCGACUGGGCGCUUGGCAACUGCAGCCGGUUCAGUUCCACUGAUGUGCUUGGAGAAUGCCUUUCAAAUCAAUGAAGUGGUUCGACCAUCGCUGCAUCAGGAGCUGAUGCAACAUGGGCCCGACUUGCAAUGUGCAGGGGCUAGAGUUUUUGUUGCUUGUGCCUCUGAAGCACCUCCCAAGCAGCGCUUAUUAAGAGAAGGGGUCAUCGAGGACGUGUCUUCAAGCUUUUGCGACCAGUUGCUGCCUGACACCGACACAUCUGUAGCACAAUACUGGGCCUCUCGCGGUUGGCACAUCUACAAUGAUCCUUCGUGGGCCUCCGCUGUGCGACAGGUCUUAAUUCGUCAUGGUAGCUCGGUGCUAUCAUAUCCUGCUGAUCAGGUAUGGCGCUUAGCAGCAGCUGUCGACGUUGGGGAUGAGUCCGCCAAAAUUCAGGUAAAUCCACGACAGCUCUUGUGCGCGGAGCCUGGGCAUGUUCUCUUAAGCCUGGACUAUUCGCAGAUUGAAAUCCGCCUAAUGGCGCACUUCUCUGGUGACCAACGACUACUCAACAUCUUGCACCAGGGCGGAGACGUUUUCAAGCAGGUUGCAGCAGGUUGGCUUUCCAAGUCCUGUUCUGACAUCUCUCCAGAGGAGCGCAGCGGUGCAAAGCGCAUUUGCUACAGCCUCAUAUAUGGCGUGGGCAUUAGCAAGUUGGCAGCAGAUCUUGGCAUCUCCACACCUCAGGCAAGAGAGCUGAAGGCCUCCUUCAUGAAGGAAUAUGCAGGUGUUGCCUCCUGGAUCACCACUUGUACGGAACAAGCUCGCCAGCAGGGCUUCGUGGAGACCGUGCACGGUCGCCGGCGCUUCCUGCCAGGCCUCGCGGCCGCCUCGGCCGCUGAGCGAGCGCAUGCGGAGCGCCAGGCAGUGAACACCGCCUGUCAGGCUUCAGCAGCUGAUCUGAUGAAAGCUGCCAUGAUCGGCAUUCACAAUCGCCUGAAGCAAAUGCGUAGCCAUGCGUCAGAUGGACGAUGUCGUUUGGUCGGGCGGAUUCUCCUGCAAAUCCACGAUGAGUUGAUGAUCGAAGUGGAAGAGUCACAGCUCAGGGAAGUGCGAGAAGUCGUGGUGUCUGAGAUGAUUCGGGCAGGUGAUCUGAAAGUGCCGCUUCAGGUACGCUGGAAAGUUGGAAGAACAUGGGGCAACUUGGAAUCUUGAGGUGGUCGAGAUUGCUUUGCAAAGUAAUUGAACGGACUGGACGAUGUCAAUGUCUGACCGCAUAAUUGACGUGCACGAAGUCCUGAUUGUUUGUUCCUUUGUUCAGCUAACAAAGAUCUGUGGGAUGGAGGUAGAACGAGGCUUGGCUACCUCAUGAAAUGAGCGGGUGUUUCAUGGACAGGUCGGUCUCUUUAGAGUGGUAAGUUGCCUGUAGUUUGACGCUUUCAUCCCUGAAUCUUCGCAGUUGGCAAUCCGAAUUGGCAAGUGACUGACUAGCAAGUGGUCGCCAAUCACUGCCCAGUGUUGUUUAAUUUCACGGCACAGUGGCGAUGUGCGCAUUUGCAAAAAAAAAAAGCAGUACUGGGCACCAGCAGAAUGAUGGAUGGGAAACUGCCUCUUUAUGACGGGGAGGCUUUGUGUGCCAACUCUGGAUUCAGAAUUGAAUAGGUAUAGGUCUAGGUUCUCGUUAACACUUACCUUUGACACUGUGUUAGAAGGGUUCUUUUUCAAGCCGGGACCUCAAACAUGACCUGCCCCUGCGGCCCGACCCUCGCGUAUGUUCUGAGUCAGUGAGAAAAAACACCGGAGCGCCCAGCAGGACAGAACACUGGCUAUGCCCUUUGUUACUAGUAGAUACUAGUAGCUUCUUGUUCCUAGUAGUAAGGCCAAGAGCUACUAGUAGCGUCCUUGCUGCUAGUAGCGAUGCCCUUUGUUACUAGUAGCGUCCUUGCUACUUGAGGUCUCGGGAACUUGAGCCAUUGGCCUGAUCAUGCCCUUGGCCUCGAAGGCCUUCGGCGCUUCGAGGAUGACUUUGCCAUCUACCAGGAACUGAAUGUCGAGGAGGAUGUGGAGGAGCAAACAACCUGUUGGAUCCUCCAAGAUGCAGACGAGGAUGAUGUCAACUUGGCUGCAAGGGCGAGCAGCGCAGGAGAUCUUCACAGGCAAAGGCCUUCAUCUAUGCCCGACUUGCCCAACCUCAUGAAGUCUCGGCCCAGAGUGGGAUUGGACAAGAUCACCAAAGCAGGUGAAGGGAUGGACGCAGCCGCACCGAAGGGUUCCGAUCCGGCAGGUGAAGAAGUUGAGGAUGCCCAGGGCGAGUUGGACACACUACUGGCAGAGUGCCAAAGGAUGAGUGCUGGAAUGUGUGACUUCUGAACGGGUCAUUUGUAUAGUUUGUAUGCAUUGUGUCUUGGUGGAGCAAUGUGGCAAUAGAUGGCUUGAAUCCACUAUGAACGAGACCGUUCAUGUCCAAAUGAAUGCCACCCUUGAAUGUUAAUUGCUGGCCACAGUUUUUUGAUUUCACCCCAGCAUCGAAGAUGCAUAGAACUGCUUGAGGAUAUUGAAUGCAGAUGUCAUUCCAUCGUUCCAAUACAAUGGGCCCACACCCAUUCUGUACAUAGAUAAAUUGAUAGCAAAUUGAUAUCAA